CACCAUCAACUGUGGAAAAUUGCGGGGGAAAUAGAACGUAACCCAAUCGAAAUGACUUAGAUUUUAAUAUCAAAUUCGCAUCAUAAUUUGUGUGAAAAUAGUUUUCUAAAUUCAAAAUUUAAGUGUCUUGGCUUGACCAUCGACACUGGUCAUGCCAUCGUCUGUGGAUCACGUGGUACACCACGUACUGGCCCCAAUGGCAAUCAACGUCCUCGAUUGCGUGGUGCCAGUUAUCCGCAAACUGGUGAUCAUAAUGCAUCAGGCGCUUCUAGUUGGUCACCAGGAGUCGGAGCCCGUGAUCGAUGUAUCUGGCUUGAUUCAGCCCGUUCGUAAAAUAGUCUUGAUUGUGAACGAUCCAACGCCGGAGUACCAUGUCGACCAGGAGCCGGUGGUCAAUUCGGAUGACAUCAACGUCCUGAUGAAUGGAAUUUCGCGAAGUAUCCGAAAUCUGGCCCGCUCGACCUAUGAUACCAUCUCGGCGAUCGCUGGAGAGUAG